CAUCAGCUACAGCGCUGCGAUCAGCGCGUGCCAGGAAGGCGAUCGGUGGCAGAGAGCUCUGUCGCUGCUCAGAGAGAUGCUCUUCACGAUAUUGCACCCCGACGUCUUCGUUUAUGGAAUUGUAGUCAGCAUGUGCGAGCAAGGCGGGCACAUGAUGUUGGUGCAGUCGUUGGCAAGGGAGAUGUGCGGCGCAAUGGAAGCGGAAUGACGUAGUCAGCGCAAUUAUUCAGCUACACCGCCGGGAUCAGCACGUGCGAGAAGGGUAGGCAGUGGCAGCGCGCUGUGGCGCUGCUCGGCGAGAUGCGGGAGGCGAAGCUGGAGGCCAACGUCAUCAGCUACAGCGCUGGGAUUAGCGCGUGCGAGCUGGGCAGGCAGUGGCACCGGGCGCUAGCGCUGCUCAGUGAGAUGCGAGAGGCAAAGCUGGAGCCCGACGUCAUGUCAGCUACAACACUGGGAUCAGCGCGUGCGAGAAGGGCGAGCAGUGGCAGCGGUCUCUGGCGCUGCUCAGCGAGAUGUGGGAGGCGAAGCUGGAGCCCAACUCAGCUACAGCGCCGGGAUCCGCGCGUGCGAGAAGGGUGGGCAGUGGCAGCGGGCGCUGGCGCUGCUCAGCGAGUUGUGGGAGGCGAAGCGUCGCCUGUGAUACAAGCUGGGUCGAAGCGCGUGCUAGAGGGGCGGGUCGUGGAGCUAGCGCAUGGCUCCUGGCCGCCCGCCACUCGCUUGUGGGCGUCGUGCCGUUCGUCGCCCACGUCGGUGGUAGCGUGCAUGAAUGAUGUUUUGCAUGUCUGGCUUUCCCCAACA